AAUGUGAUAGAAAAUCAACGGCUAAAAUCUUCUUUACUCCUAUGUUUUCUUGCAAUCAUAUAAAUGUCACAUGUUUCUCAAAAACACGUGCUUUAAAUUUGAUUUUCUUCAAUCAUUCAAAAAACAUGGAAUUAUAAACUAUAAAGCAAUUAAUGCAUAUCUCAAGACUCAGAGUACUCUGUUUUCUCAUUCUCCCUCAGCUUAAAGCAAGCAAAAUUUUUAGACAAUGGUAGCUCAACCGCACGACGGGCUCGAAUUCUGGCAAUUCAUGGUGGCGGGCUCGUUAGCCGGGUCAGCGGAGCACAUGGCCAUGUUCCCGGUCGACACUCUCAAAACCCGCAUGCAAGUGGCCGCCAUUAACUCUUCCUCGCGAGCCCAAUCACCGACAACACUCGUUCAGUCCAUCAUGAAGCUCCGAGGCCCAUCGGGCUUGUACCGCGGCAUUGCUGCAAUGGGCCUUGGUGCCGGCCCCGCCCACGCCGUUCACUUCUCCGUGUACGAGUCCGCCAAGAAGGUGCUUUCGUGGGGUGACCCGAAUAGCUCUUUAGCCCACGCGGCCUCGGGAGUCGUGGCCACCGUCUCGAGUGAUGCGGUGCUUACGCCAAUGGACGUGGUGAAGCAGAGGCUGCAGCUCGAGGGAAGCCCGUAUAAAGGCGUGUGGGAUUGCGUGGGGAGGGUAUUUCGGGAAGAAGGUGUUUGGGCUUUCUACGCGAGCUAUAAGACAACGGUUUUGAUGAACGCGCCUUUCAUGGCCGUUCACUUUGCGACUUACGAGGUCGCGAAGAGAGGGUUGAUGAUGAUGGGCCGGGCUCGGGUGGCCUCGUUGGAAAAAGACAGCGACGAGGAGGAGACUUUGUUGGUUCACGCGACGGCUGGAGCAGCUGCUGGAGGGCUGGCAGCUGUCGUCACGACUCCGCUUGACGUCGUCAAGACUCAACUGCAGUGUCAGGGUGUUUGUGGGUGUGAUCGGUUGUCGAAUAGCUCGAUUGUGGAUGUGAUUCAGACGAUUAAGAAGAAAGAUGGGUACAGUGGGCUGAUGCGCGGAUGGGCUCCGAGGAUGCUGUUUCACGCACCAGCUGCUGCUAUCAUCUGGUCUACUUAUGAAGGAGUCAAGAGUUUUUUCCAAAGGCUUAAUGGCCAAAAUGGCUCUGUGCAUUGAGAGAUUUAGUAGCCCUAUAUGAAUAAUUGAAUAUGCAUGUAUGCUGUCCUAUUAAGGUAUUGUUGUGUGAGGCUGAUGCUACUUACUGUCUGUAAUAAAGUUUAUUCACUGAUUAAUUUCAGAGGAUUUGCCAAAUGACAAAACGAUUUAGGGAACAUUCGAUGCUACCAGUGGCUGCAAUGUAGUCAACGGG